AUGCGACCCCCCUCUGAAGGAGAAGUCGUCGAUGCCAUACGAAAGCUACGCAACAAUAAGGCACUCGGAGAGGACUGUAUACCCGCUGAAAUCUUCAAGUCUUGUAUCGACACUCUGGUGCCCUGGCACCAUGGUGUGACCAAACAAGCAUGGAGAGACGAGGUUUUUCCUUAUGACCGAGGCUUAGGCAUCCUUGUACCUAUCCUCAAGAAGGGAGAUAAGAAAAGAUGCGAGAACUACCACGGCAUAAGACUCAUCGACGGUGCUACGAAGAUCCUCGCUUUUGUCCUACUCAGGCGAUUCCUGGCUGUGCGUGACUCAAGGACGAGGCCCAACCAAGCCGGAUUUUGUGCUGGACGUAGAUGCGCGAACCAGGUAGUCACACUGAGGAGCAUUCUCGAAUUUCGUCAUAGCUGCCAACAACCCACGGCCGUCUGCUACAUUGACUUUGCCGCCGCGUUCGAUUCCGUUCACCGUGAGUCCCUGUGGCGGAUAAUGGCGCUAGAUGGUGUACCGGCAAAAAUAAUCACCAUGAUCAAGGCUUAUUAUCGCUCCACUAUUGCGAGAGUACUGGUCCGCAACAAUCUUACCCAACCGUUCGGUUUUCGGUCUGGCGUUCGACAGGGUUGUAUCCUGUCGUCCAUUCUGUUCAACUAUGCUAUGGACUGGAUCCUCGGGAGGGCCCUACACGAAGAUGACGGUGUUGAAUUUGCACCCGGACACGGACUUACUGAUCGCGACUAUGCCGAUGACAUCGCCUUACUUGCUUCAAGUUUUGGCGAUCUGAAGUCUAUGUUAUCACGGGUGAACGAAGUCGCCAAAUCGGUCGGUUUAUCCAUAAACGCUGGGAAAACUAAAGCGUUUUCAAGCUGCAUCCCUGAACAGGAGAUGGCACCCUUCGGUACCGAUGGCUGUCAACUUGAAGAAGUAGACAGUUUUAAAUACCUCAGGGCGAAGCUGCUGCCGAAUGGGCAGAGUAAGGAGCACAUUGUCUCCCGAACCGAUGCUGCCCGCUGGGUUUUCCCAAAGCAUCGGAAAGUGUCAAUGGAUCCGACGUGA